AGUGGUGAAGUGGUGAAAAUGGCUUGGUGAAGUUUUGUGAAGUUGUGUGUGAAGACAAAAAUAACACUUUUUGUAGGUAAAAUAAAAUUUAGCAAUAGAAGCCAGUAGAAAAUGCCGCUGCCACUGAUUAUGCAGAAUGCUGUAGAGCCGAUGCAGGUGGACGUGGAGGCUGUGGACAACGAAAAUCACGAGGAGGACACGUAUAUUGUAGAAAAUCCGACAUUGGACUUGGAAGUGUAUGCAAACUCCUACACCGGUCUAGCUAAAUCCUAUCGUCUCAUGUACAUUGCGGACCACUGUCCGACACUGAGACUGGAAGCCCUGAAGAUGGCCAUUAGUUACGUGACAACAACUUACAAUGUCAGUCUGUAUCAGUUGCUGCACAAAAAGUUGGCCGACAUGAAUUUGGGAGCGGGCAAUUUGCCGGAUGUUGCGGCUCAGGGGGCUGGCGGAGGGGCACCUGGGGCGGCUACAAAUCAGGACAUACCCACCUUUGACACGAUCUGGGCAGACACAAAGAGCAAAAAGGCAGCACUGAAGCUGGAGAAGCUGGACAAUGAUUUGAAGAACUACCGCAGUAAUUCGAUUAAGGAGAGCAUCAGGCGAGGACAUGAUGAUCUUGGUGAUCACUAUCUCAAUUGUGGUGAUCUGUCCAAUGCCCUCAAGUGCUACUCACGGGCUCGGGAUUACUGCACGAGCGGGAAGCAUGUGGUGAAUAUGUGUCUCAAUGUGAUUAAGGUGUCAAUCUACCUGCAGAACUGGUCUCAUGUGCUCAGCUAUGUGUCCAAGGCCGAGAGUACCCCAGACUUUGCCGAAGGCUGCAGCAAGGAUGCCAAUCAGGCUGUCGUGACACGCCUCAAGUGCGCCGCUGGCCUGGCCGAAUUGGCCACGAAGAAGUACAAAUCGGCCGCCAAACACUUCCUGCAGGCCAAUUUUGACCACUGCGACUUCCCCGAGAUGAUCUCCAGCAGCAAUGUAGCCAUGUACGGUGGUCUCUGCGCCCUGGCCACCUUCGACAGGCAGGAACUGCAGAAGAAUGUCAUCUCGUCGUCAUCGUUCAAGCUCUUCCUGGAGCUUGAGCCACAGCUCCGAGACAUAAUUUUCAAAUUCUACGAAUCCAAGUAUGCCUCAUGCCUACGCCUCCUCGAUGAAAUCCGCGACAAUCUCCUCCUGGACAUGUACAUAGCGCCCCACAUCAAUGCCCUGUACACGCAGAUCCGGAACAGGGCGCUCAUUCAGUACUUCAGUCCCUACUUGUCGGCCGAUCUGCGCAAAAUGGCCACAGCCUUCAAUCGCACGGUUCAGGCACUGGAAAACGAAGUGAUGCAGCUGAUCCUCGAUGGACAGAUUCAGGCACGCAUUGACUCGCACAAUAAGAUUCUCUAUGCCAAGGAUGCCGAUCAGCGCAGUUCCACCUUCGAGAAGGCCAUCAAUGUGGGCAAGGAGUACCAGAGGAGGACAAGGAUGCUCAUCCUCAGAGCUGCCAUGCUCAAGAUUCAGAUUCACGUCAAG